UUCUUUCCGCCGUUAACAAAAAAGGAUGGCACUGCGUGUUUUAGGCUUAAAAAUAGUGAAAACUAACAGGAAUCUGCUGCAGAAUGCAUGCAAAUCCACUGCCCCGGCCACAGGCUACAUGGCGGCGGCUCCAUUUGCCACAGAGGUGACCAUCCAGGCUGCUCCCGCGGCUGUCCAGAAGCAAAAGGUCAGCAAGGCCAUGCGGUCGUACCUGAAGAGAGCCAACGAGCACGACGAGUUCAUGAAGACCCAGCACCUGGAGUUCCAGAUCGGCAAGCGCCACCUGGCCAACAUGAUGGGCGCCGAUGCGGAGACCUUUACCCAGAAGAUAUAGACGAGGCGAUAUCCUAUCUUUUCCCUUCCGGCUUGUACGACCAAAAGGCCCGCCCCGCCAUGAAGUCGCCCGAGGUUGUCUUUCCCGCCCGUAAGGCAGCGGAAUUCGAUGAGACGGGCAGGCCAUUCCACAGUAUGUUCUACACCGGCAAGCCCAACUUCUUCCAGCUGCUCCACGACAUUGUGCAUGAAACCAAUAAGUUGGCAGAUCUGGAGGAGCGCCUGCUACGUCGCGGUAACAAGCCCGAUGAGAACCAGAAACUAGAAAUUUCCGGAUUCCAACUGCUCCCCAAGAUCAGCUGGAACUUUUGUUGGUCGAGAGCAUUGCCGAUAUCGAAUAUUCGAACUUUACCAAGUCAAUGGAACGUCUGAUCGCAUCGCCUUAUGCCUAUAAGAGUAAAACAUUUAUUGAGCGCUUUUUGAAACCGCUGAUGGAUCAAUCCAAACAACUGGAGGUGCCAAAGCCGAAGAUCGAUGGGGAGGGUCGUCAGUACAUAACCACCUACGAGUGCCUGCGCAAAACUGCCAGAGCCGACGUCACAGUUCGACUGCCUGGUACGGGAAAGAUCAGCAUUAAUGGAAAGGAUAUAUCCUACUUCGAGGACGAAAACUGCAAGAGCAGUUGCUCUUCCCGCUGCAAUUUAGCGAACUGCUGGGCAAAGUCGAUGUGGAGGCCAAUGUCGAGGGAGGCGGACCUUCCGGUCAGGCUGGAGCCAUCCGCUGGGGCAUCGCGAUGAGUUUGCGCAGCUUUGUCGAUCAAGAGAUGAUUGAGUCAAUGCGUCUGGCCGGCCUGCUGACACGUGACUACCGUCGUCGGGAGCGUAAGAAGUUCGGACAGGAAGGAGCACGCCGCAAGUACACGUGGAAGAAGCGCUAAGCGGGCACGUGGAUAUACAAUACUAGGCUGCAUUUUAUAUCGAAAUGUUUUAAUAAAUAUCAAGUACGUUAACAAUUA